AUGAAGAAGAAGGUGCUUUUAAUGGGGAAAAGCGGGUCUGGAAAGACCAGCAUGCGAUCGAUUAUAUUUGCCAAUUAUAUUGCCAGAGAUACACGACGACUGGGUGCCACAAUUGAUGUAGAACAUUCACAUAUUCGAUUUCUUGGCAAUCUGGUUCUCAAUCUUUGGGAUUGUGGAGGGCAAGAGGCAUUUAUGGAAAACUACUUUGCCAGCCAGAGGGACAACAUCUUCCGUAAUGUUGAGGUGUUAAUUUAUGUCUUUGAUGUUGAGAGUAGAGAGUUGGAGAAAGACAUGCAUUAUUAUCAGUCAUGUUUGGAGGCCAUUCUUCAGAAUUCACCUGAGGCAAAAGUUUUCUGUUUAGUGCAUAAAAUGGAUUUGGUGCAUGAAGAACAGAGAGAUAGUAUUUUCCAUGAAAGAGAAGAUGAUUUAAAAAGAUUAUCAAAACCACUACAGUGUACCUGCUUUGCCACAUCAAUAUGGGACGAAACAUUAUAUAAGGCUUGGUCAUCGAUUGUGUAUCAGCUGAUUCCAAAUGUUCAACAGUUGGAAACUAAUUUGGCUCAUUUUGCCAAUGCCAUUGAUGCUGAAGAAAUCCUGUUGUUUGAAAGAGCAACAUUUCUUGUGAUCUCAUAUUGGCAACGAAAACCUCAUCGUGAUGUUCAUCGCUUCGAGAAGAUUAGUAACAUCAUAAAACAGUUCAAGCUCAGUUGUACAAAAGUGGCUGCCUCGUUCCAGAGCAUGGAAGUGCGCAACUCUCAUUUUGCUGCCUUUGUUGAUGCAUUCACCUCUAACACUUACGUUAUGGUCAUCAUGUCUGACUCGUCCAUUACUUCUGCCGCAACCCUUCUCAAUAUCAGAAAUGCCAGACAACACUUUGAGCGUUUGGAAAAAGAAGAGCUCUCUCGAACACCAAUGGUCACUCGGUAG